AUGAGGUUCAUUGUCCUUGGUAUACUGGGGAUUGUUCCUAAGUCUUUGGGCUCAAGCUACUUUGAGACACCAUCAGAUGGUUAUCGUCCUUUCGACCCCGGAUACACUAUCGGCGCGUACCCCCAGGACUUUACACUUGUGGGAUCAUCCCUAGAACCUAUUCACGAUUCUCAAAAGCCCUCCACAGGCUUAGCUGUCGACUCCUCUCAUAGACUUUACCUCACUUAUCCUCGCAACUCUGGACAAACACCAAAUAACGUGGUGCUUUGCACGUCUUACAAUGACGAGGUACCAUGGCCCAAUGCGGGCAUGCAGAACUGUACUGUUGGUCAAGAUCCCAGAACCUGCUUCAUCAAUGUCCAAAACAUCGUUCUAGACAACCAGGGAAGGCUGUGGGUGGUGGAUAGCGGGAUGCCAGCCAACGCUAGCCCAGACACAGAUGCGCUGUUUGGAGGCGCAAAACUGAUGAGCUUCAACGAGACGACGGGAGAGCACCUCCGGACCUAUGUGAUUCCCCAAGAUCUUUUGUCGCAUAGGAUGAAUAUGAACGAUAUGCGUGUCAACACGACAGCAGGUGGAAGAGACGGGUAUGCUUUUGUUACAGAUGCUAGCAAGAAUAGUUCGUUAUUGGCAGUGGAUCUCGAAAAUGGCAGUGCAGUACGCAGACUGUUCAACACGAGCGUUGUCCGGGCAGACGAGAACUAUGUUGGGUCAUAUGGCGGCGAGCUCAUAUACACUUGGAACGGCACUCAAAAGGGUCAUCUCACUACGGCCGCCGAUGGCAUCGCUUUGGCAUCUGGCAACUUCUACUGGGGCGUCCUGGCUUCCCGGCGCUUCUACUACAUCUCUCAGGAGAUUCUUGUCAACCAGAAUCUCACAGACGAAGAGGUCCUUGCUGCCGUGCAAGACCCGGGUCAAUGUGGUUCAGAACAAGCCGGCUUCACCGCUGACGACCGAGGCCGAGUGUAUAUCGCAGCGAGCGAACAGAACGCUAUAUUCUAUGUCGACACACUAGAAAGUGAAACCGAUAUGACAGUAAAUGGUAAAUUACCUGGGGGGGCCGGUCUUAUCCCACCAGAGGACUACGUGGUGAAGACGUUGGUGAGGAACGCGAUGAUUCAACAUGCCGAUUCCAUGGCCAUCCUGGACGGUUGGCUGUACUUUAACACAAAUCAGCUUACUUUGGGUCCUGGUUUCCAAUACAAUAAUACAGACAAGAGGAGAGGCCCAUUCCGUAGCUUUAGAUUAUGGAUCGGACGGGGACCAGCGGUGGCAUAG